AUGACUUCAACCCCAUCUUCCAACAGCCGCAUCAAUGCGACGCCCAUCGAGAAUGCCUUCCCAACCCCUCCAACCGGCGAUUACACCGAAGCUUUAUUUCGCAUCAAGGGCAGGAUGUCACCUCCGCCCAGGCGGAUGAUCAGUCAGGAGCGGGCCCAGUCGACACCGCCAGAACUCACGCACUCAAACCAAUUCGGCAUUCUCACUAAAACUGCAGAGGGGCAUUUAUCAGAUGUUGCAAGUCUUGAGCGCUCGUGGCAGAAGUUGCGUCUCUCCAAAAAGAAAAGUCAAUACUACAGUGAGGCUUUUGCAUAUCGCGAGCCGUCCAAUGCUGCUAAAGACCGAGUGGCCAAAGACUGGGUCAUACUUGUUGAGAUCAAGAUGAAUUGCUGUGUGGAAUCCGAGAAAGAAUUUCUUAUCGAUUUGUCCUUCCGGCUUUCCGAGAUCUAUCAACGCCCGGCGUCAUGCAUCAUGGCUAUGGCAUCGACAGAUAUAUCGAUGCUGCUGGGAGGGAACUCGGACCCCGCAUAUCAUCUCACCAUCACAGCCCUUCCUUCAGAAAUAGCAGCAACGAAGAACAAACGAAGCACUCAUCUGAUUCAGGAUUUCAUGCUUGAUACCCUACAGAUACCGCCUAAAAGAGGAGUUGUGCGCUUCGAAGCAGUCGCUGAGGAGAACUUGGCUACAAAUGGGAUGACGGCGCUACAAGAGAUUGAGCAGUUGGAAAGACAGUCGACCGACGGGGACGGCCUGUUAGGAGUGCUCAGUCGCCAGAGGAGCAAGAGAGGCAAGAAGUCGAACGUACCAGCACUUACGGAAAGGGUCAAAGCAGGGUUUCCGUCUUUCAGAGGUUCGACACCCUCGCAUCAGUAUUUCAACACGAUAGGAACAGUCGAGACAAAGUCGACAGAAGCAAGCGGGCCAGGUAGGAAGCGGGUCAAAAGAAGACAGAGCAUUCUUGCUCUUUUCAGGAAAUGA